UAACACUCAUCCUUAGGAUUAGUGAAUGGACAUUGCUGUAUUAAAACGUACGGUCAUACUAUGUGUUGGUAGGCACUUAUUUAUUGCACCUGAAUCUUAUGAUUAACAACUAAAUUUGCAAACCGUGAACUAAAUACCCUAAAUUUUGAAACAAAUUUGCAUUUUUGCGGCCCCAGUCACCAAAGUCAGUUGAGAGACCACGAUGUCAGAUAUUGAGUUUGAGUGUCUCAUGUAGUGACAGACACGUCCUGUGAUGUGACCAUCAACGUACAGGACACAAAGUAUUUCCAAAUUGCAUUCCCAUAUUUGUACUACCUAUUCACAUCCAUUGACCAAUACUUUGCCUAAUAUAAAGGAAAUCUAUCCCAACAGUUUAAUAGGUAUGCCUUGUUAAAAUCCAACCACGGAGAAGUGAAAGUGUUACAAAAAAAGAGUAAAUACUAUUAUGGUGUCGUAUAACUCUGAAUUUCAACCAGUGUUGUUAGUUGUUAGUAUUCAUAUUGGUGACUAAAAUAAAUUGUGGAAUUUACAUCAUCGCUACAUAUUGUUGAAACAUAGCCUGUUUUUCAUUCGAUCCAACAUAUCCUGCGAGAUCAUCGAGGAUUACAGUCUGUAGUCCACCGACGCUUCAGUAGUCAUUUGUAUAAAUAAAUAACUGCACCCAAGCUGCAAGUUGUUGUUGAGACCUUGAAUUGAAGAAGAACUACUCCCAAACAAAUCUAAUGCUAAUAAUUAUCGUCAUCAUCCCUCGCGAUCAGCAACAAUGGGAGUCAACUAGACCAAAAAAUAUUCCCUUCAAGUAAUGUUCGUUGUAGUAGUUCGUUUAGUAGUGCUCGUUGAAAAAGUGUGUACUUAUCAUCGUGAUCGUCCAGUCGUGUGUACAUUGUAUUUUCUAUAAUGUUUAGUUAGCUAUCCUCUAAAUUAACCAAAAAUGUCAAGAAAGUUAUUGAAAUUUUUAAUCCUCUUCGAUAACCCUUCGCUACUUUACAUCCCUGGCCAAUUUUUGACAGGCCGAGUUUUAGUGGAAUUGGAUGAAGAGACGCCCUUUCAUGGUUUAUUCCUUUCCGUCGUGGGUGAAGGAUGUGUAAGAUUACGAAGUCGAGGCCAGGAGAGAUUGUAUGAUAAGGAGAGUUAUAUUGACUUCCGAAUUCGGCUCUUGGGUGAAACCGGUCAAGGUCCUUCCCUACUUUCCCCCGGAAUUCACAGCUUUCCGUAUAAAUUAGGUCUACCAUUGGGUCUACCAUCCACCUUUUUAGGAAAACAUGGCUGGGUGCAGUACUUUUGUAAAGCUGCACUUAAGGAACCAAGUGGAUUGGUUCACAAAAAUCAACAGGUUUUCAUAGUAAUGAGUCCAAUCGAUCUCAACCUGGAACCUCCAGCCAUCGCUCAACCAUUUCAUUGUGAAAUUGAGCACAAAUUAAAUUGCCUGACGGGUUCAGUCAAAUGUAAAAUUCGUCUGAACAGAGGAGGAUUCAUACCAGGAGAAAAUAUUCAUAUAUGGGCAAGUAUAUCGAAUAAUAGUCGGGUGGCAAUAGGAACAGAGGCACUGUUAACCGAGACAAUCCAGUACACCGGAAACGGAAAGGUGGUAUACACGGAACGGAGAGAGUUGGCAUCUCUCAAACGACCCAGGAUAAAGGCUGGUGGCAAAGACGAAUGGAUCAAUGAGAAAAUUGAAAUCCCACCGUGUCCCCCAACCAAUCUUAGAGGAAGUCACUUGAUUCGGAUACAAUAUGACUUGUUUUUUGUCAUCAGCCCCCGCAGUUUUGAUAAGAAGAUUAAACUUCAACUUCCGAUUUUGAUUGCUACCUACCCCCUCAGAGACGGCACCAUGCCCAGGGAUUCCAAAGACCGAUAUCCGACGAUUCUUCCUACGUACAGAACUACUAAUGAUACUAAAGCAAUCAGUAAUAAACAGCAAUAAGAUUAAUUCUGCUGAGUGAUGGUUUAUCCCUUAAACGAUAUGCAGAAAUAGGGUUUACUCCAUUGAAAUUUAUCAGAUAUAAAACUGUAAUUUUAUUAAUAUCAGUUUUCUUUUAAUUAUUGAAGCCAAAACGAGAAAAAUAGGUGAUCAAACCAAAACUUAUUUGUGUUAAAUUAAUAAACCCUAAUAAUAAUAAUUUUCUAAUUGAACCAACAAUGAUUACACAUAUAAUAGAUAUUAGGAUAAAUGUAAGGAGAAGGGAUGGGCUCACUUUUUUAGUACUUUGAAUCCUACAGGGUCCAAAUUAGGCAAUUUUUUGUCAACGUUUCGACUCCAGGAGUCCUGAAUCAGGACGGCUCCACAUGUGAUUCGCGAAUGGGAAAAAGGAUGUGGAAAAAGUUGAAGGAGUAAAAAAAUAGGAUAGGAAGAAACAACUUGUUUGUUUCUCUUUCCCAUUCACUCGCGAUAGCGAGUCAUGAAUUUUCGCCGUCUGAGGUCGAAAAGUUGACAAAAUGGCAUAAUUUGGACCCUUGAAAUACUACAAAAGUGAGCCCUUCUCCUUACAUUUAUCCUAUUAUGUCCUCCAUGCACAAUUUCAACAUCAUAUAUUAGAUAUUCUCUAACAUAACUAAACAGUAUUAAAAUAGCAAAUUAAACUGAAUAAUAAUGCCAUCAAUAAAAUAUGUAUCUAGAUUUUAAAUUAGAAUGUAUUGGUAAGAGUGAAUAUUAAUUAACUACUUGUUAAUUCGAACGCAAUAAAAGAAAUUACAAGAGAUAA